AUGACUGCGCGGCUGUACCCCCGACCCGGGCUGCGAGCACGGGCUCUGCGCUGCCUGGCUGUGGCGCGGGACUGGCAGAUCCAAGGCACGGGCUUUGUGGCGCGUGGUCAUCCCCCUCCCGCAGCCCCUGUGGCCGUGUUCGCCGCCAUCAAGGUGAGCUGCGUUGGGUCCUGCGGGGUGUCUAACAAGAUCAAUGACACAGCAUGGACCGUGGAGGAGCAGUACUUCAACAGCACACUGUCCCUGGCAGACAAAGGGGUCCUGACAGCUGGAGAGCACAGCUUUCCCUUCCAGUUCCUGCUGCCAGCCUCUGCUCCUACAUCAUUUGAAGGCCCUUUUGGCAAGGUCCUCCAUCAGGUGAAAGCUGUGGUAGACACACCUCGCUUCUCCAAGGACUACAAGUGCAGCAAGAUCUUCUACAUUCUCUGCCCUCUCAACUUGAAUGACAUCCCUGACAUUGAGCAGCCCAACACGAUGUCAGUCACCAAGAAGUUCAACUACAAGCUUGUGAAAAGUGGCAACAUUAUCUUGACCGCCACCUCGGAUCUGAAAGGGUACAUCGUGGGGCAAGCAAUCCAGCUCCGCACGGACAUAGAGAACAAAUCGGGCCGGGACACCGGGGCUGUGGUAGCCAGUCUGCUCCAGAAAGUGGCUUAUAAAUCCAAGCGGUGGAUUUAUGACCUGAGGACCAUCGCGGAGGUGGAAGGCUCGGGAGUGAAAGCCUGGAAACACGCAGAAUGGAAGGAGCAGAUCCUCGUUCCGGCACUGCCCCAGUCCAUUCUGCAGGGCUGCAGCCUCAUACAUAUCGACUACUACAUCCAGGUUUCCCUCAAGUCGCCGGAGGUUUCGGUCACUCUCCCCAUUUAUAUUGGUAACAUCGCUGUGAACAGGGUGCCUCUGAGCCCCUCCCGGUCCAUCCAGCACAUACCAUCUGCGGUGGUACCCAGUGCCCCACCCGAGGAAGAGGAGGCUGCCGGUGGUUAUCACCCGAUGGACAAUGUCUCGAUCCCCACCAAAAGCCAUUCCCAGCAGCAGCCGUUCAGCUACGCCCCCGGACUGAGCUUCCAGGAAAUACGGGUGGAGUCGGAGCAGACGGGCUCUCCAAACCAUCCCACGCUCUGCCUGUCGACGGGAGCCACUGUCCCUUACUACGCUGAGGGGAACGUGGUGCCCGUCCCCACGGCCAGCUCCCUCAUUUUGCCUCCGGAGUACAGCACGUGGGGCUACCCGUACGAGGCACCUCCAUCCUACGAGCAGAGCUGCAGCAGUGCCAACUCCAGCAUCACCAACGGCAACUAG